AUGGCUGAAGAUGCAGUGGUUCUUCCUAGUGGAAUGUUAGAUAAUGGAGCGAUGGUUUGGGUUCCACAUGAUCACCAUGUUUGGAAAAAAGCGGUUGUGAUGCAACGUGUCAAUGACGGAACAAGUGCACAAGUUCGACUUCAACCAAAUGAUGACGGAGAAUGGGAACCAGAUGAUGGCGUGGAAAAAAUUGUCAACAUUCGAGACAUUGCACGUUUAGCAGGAGAAGUUUCGGAUGAAGCAAUGCCCAUUUGUAAUGUCUUUGAAGCUGAAGGGGCAAAUGAUAUGUGCACGUUGAAUCAUUUACAUGAACCAGCUGUACUGAAGAAUUUAGAAUUACGGUUUGCCAAGAAAAUGCCAUAUACUUAUACGGGAGCAAUAUGUAUUGCAGUGAAUCCAUAUCAAUGGCUUGAUCUUUAUGGUCGUGAACUCUAUGAACAAUAUCUGGAUCAACCACGAGAUUCUUUGGCCCCUCAUCCUUUUGCUUUAUCAGCUACUUCUUAUUUGGACAUGAAGAGAACACAAGUGGAUCAAAGUAUCCUUGUAAGUGGUGAAUCUGGUGCUGGAAAGACCGAGACGGUCAAGAUUAUGAUGAAUCAUUUGGCUUCGAUCUCUGGUGGUGGUAAUCAUGGAACCAAAGUCAUUGAUCAAGUCUUGCAAUCUAAUCCGUUACUCGAGUCAUUUGGUAAUGCGAAAACCAAACGCAAUGACAAUUCGAGUCGGUUUGGUAAAUUUGCACAGCUACAGUUUGACAACAUGGGUUUGCUCGUGGGUUGUCUGUGUGAAACCUAUUUGCUUGAGAAAAGUCGCGUCGUCGGCCAAACGGAAGGUGAACGCAAUUACCACAUUUUCUACCAGAUCUUUUGCUUGCCAGAGGAUCGAAAGAAGGAGCUCAAGUUGAGUGGUGACGUUACCAGCUACAAGUACGUGACCGAGGGCGCGGAUGCAGAACUCACGGGAAUAGAUGAUGUGCAGUGUCUCAAGGAGACACAGAAUGCUUUGGAUACGAUUGGUAUCUCGACUGAGGAACAGAAUGCUAUUUUUGAAAUUGUGGCUGCGAUCCUGAACCUUGGUGAAGUGGAGUUUGCACCAAAUGCAAAUGAUAGUGAGAAAAGCCACGUGAGCAAUGAGCACAUUGUGGACAACGUCGGUGCCUUGCUAUGUACAAAGAGCGAGGCACUCUACUCGACGUUGCUCGAACGCUCGAUUACGGCUGGUUCCGAGUCAUACACGAUUCCGCUGAACGCUGAGCAGGCCUCGGACCUGCGUGACGCUCUGGCGAAGGGUAUGUACACGCAGCUGUUCGACUGGUUGGUUCACCGUAUCAAUAAGGCUAUUUGCUCCACGAGCAAUGCCAAGACGCACAUUGGCCUAUUGGAUAUCUUUGGUUUUGAGAGCUUCGACCAAAACGGUUUCGAACAACUUUGCAUAAAUUACGCAAACGAGAAGCUGCAGCAGAAGUUCAACAGCGAUGUCUUUAAGGAUGUGCAGCAAGAGUACGUGGAUGAAGGCAUUCCGUUGACUCUAGUGACCUUCGAGGACAACCAGCCGAUCCUUGACCUUAUUGAGGGUCGAAUGGGAAUUGUUGGUAUGCUGAACGAGGAAGUGCUUCGGCCUCAAGCCACCGACAACACCUUCGUGAGCAAGGUUCUGGACGCUUGCAGCGAUCACCCGAGCAUUGAGAAGAACAGAAUCAAUCCGCUGGAGUUCACUAUCCAUCAUUAUGCUGGUGACGUGACAUACAACGGUACGGGCUUUUUGGAGAAGAACAAGGACACACUGCCUACGGAUAUGGUGCAGCUGCUGUCUGGUAGCAAGAACAAUGUCGUUUCAGGCAUCUUUACGUCCACACAGACGAGUAAGCGCAACAGCCGUGGCAAGAAGGGGAAGGAAGUUCGCCAAAAAGGUUUCCUCGUCGGUAACACUAUUGCUGGUGCCUUCCGUAAACAGUUGUCUGAACUAAUGUUGACCAUUAACAAGACCUCAUCGCAGUACGUGCGCUGCAUCAAGCCUAACGCCAACAAGAGUGCAGUGGAGUUCGACCGCCUCAUGAUUGUGGAGCAGCUACGUUGCGCGGGUGUGAUUGCUGCUAUUCGCAUCAGUCGUGCAGCCUUCCCGAAUCGUUUGCAGCUUGUUGAGUUCCAGCAGCGCUUCCAGAUUAUUUGUCCGUCGGCCUUACGCGAUGCGAAACCUUGUGAUAUGGUUGCUGGUCUGCUAAAGGAAUUGAUUCCCGAUAUUGCUACAACUAUGCAGAACACCAAAUUCGCCGUGGGUACGACAAAGGUGUACUUUAGCUCGGGUCUGUUACAAAGAUUGGAGGACCGUCGAAACGUGAUUCUCAAGGACCACGCAAUUCUUCUUCAGAAAACGUUGCGCGGCUACGUGCACCGCAAGCGCUUCCUGCGUCAGUGCACUGCAGUAGUUCAGAUCCAAGCCAUUACUCGUGGUGGUCUUCAGGCCAAGCGCUACCGGACGCUGCGUGCCGGUGUUAUUAAGCUGCAGUCUCUGGCGCGUGGCCGCAAACAGCGUUACUUGUUUGCACUUCUUGUCAAGCGUGUCCGGAAGGAGCGCGAGCUUGCGCAGGAGCGCCUCCGCAAGAUUGCGCAGCAGGAGGCGAUGGAGCGUAUGCGUCAGAAAGAGAUGGAAGAGCGCGAGCACAGCGACCCCCAACCGGAGCCUGUGGAAGAUGAUUGGAGUGACGAGGAGGAAGAGGAGGAAAUGAUGGAGGGAUCGGCCGGCCCUGUAUCUCCGCGUACGCUCCGUGCCCUCACGGAAGCGGCGUCUAAGGUCGCCGAGGCAGAAUCUGCAGCUCGAGACGCCAAAUCGGCCGCUGAGGCGGCUCUAGAGUUGAACCACGAACUGAUCUCUCAGAACGACCGUUUGCGCUCUACUCUGUCGUCCAACGUGGCUGAGUAUGCUGACGCCGAGCUGCUGCGUGAGAAUGAGCGUUUGAAACAGCAGGUGGUGCAACUCCAGACGAAGCUGGUGCGUUCACAGGAGGUCUCUCUUAUUUCCGCCAAGGUGGUGGACAGCCGAAUUACCUACCGGGAGGGUCGACAAUUUGUCGAGUACAAGCUGCAAAUCGAGACGAACACGCGUGGUACGCUGUAUGUGUGGCACCGGUACAGCACGUUCCGUAACCUAGCAGCCACUCUGCAGACUAAGAACGGAUACAAACGCAAGGAGAUUCCAGAGCUGCCAAACAAACAGCUCUUUGGCAACUUUUCAGAAAAGAUUAUCCAAGACCGUGUAGCAAAGCUGAACCAGUUCCUUGAGGCUGCUACUAACGCUGAGUACCUCCAGUGGGGUAUUCGUGUGGACCAAGAUACGUGCGUGUACAAGCGCCGUGUGAAGAGCGCCUCGCGGGACAGCAUCUCGAGCGCUAAUAUGCACUCAUCGUCACCGCGUUCAUCAUCACGGUUGUCGAUGAAGUCAUUCAGCUUCCGUCGCGGCAGUACAGUUGGAAAUUAG